AUGCCGUUCUUCAAAGACCUGCGGCGUCGAUCAAAGGCCACUUUUCACAAGACUCCAUCUCAUAGUGUGGAGGAGGUCUCCGGGAAAUCAUCAUCCACGAUCGACACUUCCUCCCACAACUCCAUCACUCCACCGUCAUCGAUCAGACCGACCCUUUCAACCCCCAGUCUUCCUGCUCUCAAUGAAUCCGAAACCACCAGUGCAGUCAGCGUGGCAACGCCCACACAGCGACCGGGGCCUCUGGUGACCAGCCAUCAGCGAAACAGCGUUAUCGGUAGCAGCUCGUCCUCAGUCAAUGGCGCGUACCGAUCACAAGCUCCCGUCUCGCCUUAUGCCCCGCGACUUGUGUCUGUGGCUGAUAAUUCAUGGGUCAACCAGAAAGUGCUGCUCGUAUAUGGUCAAAUCGGCGACCCAAGGCAACAUCCGCUGGACGGAAAUGUCACCGUCUAUCACCACCAAGAUAAUUUCCCGUCGACCGGCUGGCCCGUCACGGCAUCGCAUUUUAAAGUCCUCGUUCAUCUAGUUCCCGGUCCUAAUCGCCUUCGCUUUGACUUUGUCUCGCCAAAAUUGUCCUCAGGCAGCACCCACCCCGCCAUUCACUCCUCCUGGAUUUGCAUCAACUACCUUCCUCUGGUCAACAACCCCCCAUUGCAGCUGGUCAUACUCCUGGGGAAAGAUUCAGACGGCACAUACGAUGCAGUACCGGAAAGGGCAGAGCGCGAAGGAAACGGGUUGGAGAUGGCGAUUCGAAAGUACCGCAUGGCGGCCUAUCUCUGGCAGGCCUUCACCGGUGAACAGAUGUUCCGUAAUAACUUCGGGCGGCGUUGUUUCCGAUUCGAGGAAGAGUGGCAGUCCGGUAGCUUGAGCCGACGUGACUUGAUCCAAGGCCAGAUGCGGAAUGAGGCCAAGAUUCAUGUAGUCCGCACUGAGAAAACAGUGGCCGAACUCCGAGGUCUCAAUAUCGCCCAGCAGAACGAGAAAGCUGACAAGAGAGAUGAGUUGUUCGUCAUUGCUAAAGACGCGGUGCGAAAUCAUUUCCAGCCUCAGCCUGGCCAGAAGCAAUACGUCUCCGUUCUCCUCCUCGAUUCUCAUUGGGAUACCGAAUCCCAGAUGAUCACCGGCCAUGCGGCUUUAGGUUCGGCCGACGACGAUAUCAAAAUGGCCCUGUUUGGGUCCCAUUGUCUCCAAAGCUAUCCAUCGUGUCUGGAAGAAGUCGUGGAUGCAUUCACAGACUGCACCCGCACGGAUACGAACCACGUCGCCAAUGACUGUGGCGAGGCGGGCUCCAAUUGGGAAUCAGCAAACUUGGGCAUUGGUGCUCAUAUGCACGAGGUGGGCCAUCUCUUCGGAUGUCCUCACCAGGAGUCUGGAGUCAUGCUUCGCGAUUAUGUGCGUUUGAACAGGACAUUCCUGACCCGAGAGCCUUUCUCAACGCGCACAAAGGCCCAAGGGUUGAAAGUGUGCUUGCCUAACGACGAGUGUAGCUGGCAUCGCCUCGAUGCGCUACGCUUCCGAUUCCACCCCAGCUUCCGACUCCCAAGUGACCCUUCUCCGACUUCGGAUGAUAGCGUCCAGGUGUGGCCAGUCGAGAACGGCAAAAUAUUGUUCACUGCUUCGUCGGGGAUUGCGUUCAUGGAACUAUAUGCCGAGGGUGACACCUUCUGCCACAACUUCAUUGAGUACUUGAACAGCGAGUCGAGCCCCAACGGACUGCCACGACAAGUUGCGGUGACAGAGAGCGAGCUUCGCCAACGUGUGUAUGGCACCGAAAAGGAAAAGAAAAAGAACAUCCGUCUGGUAGUCUGCUCUGGUGCACUGGGCAGCUACACUGUUGAGAAUAUUGGCGAUCUGAAAUCGAAAAAUUCUCUCGUCAAAUUGCCCAAAAGCCAGUCUGGUUUCAAAAGCGGGAGAUUAGGCCACUCGGCGAUGGAAGGCAGUGAGCCAGAGCAGUUGUUGCUGGAAUGUGCCUUCAUCAAAACAAAGCUCUUGACAUCGAUCAAAGUCUACCAUGGCAAUGCACUGGAUGGAAUCGAGUUCUACUACGAGGACGCGACCAGCCAGCUAUUCGGCAAGCGAGGAGGCAAACCUGGCGGCGAUGAGUUUGUCCUUGAUACUCGACGCGGUGAAAUUCUGCUUGGGUUCUAUGUCCGGGCUGGUCUCUGGAUUGAUGGCAUCGAGAUUCUCACGAGCCUGGGGAGGAAAUCUGGUGUCUAUGGAAAUGCCGCUGGUGGCUCAGGCCACACUUUAAUACCUCCUUUGGGCUACAAAAUUGCUGGAAUCUCUGGCUCCUGUGCAUCAUGGGUUGAUGGGUUCUCAUUGAUCAUCCAGCACUGAUAGCACAUCACUGUCUACCAACUUCCUUUUCCUCCAACUCUCGAAGCUCCUCGUCCUCAUGUCCAUGCCUCGAAGCUACAAACUCGGUCAACUAUCGUACACUAUGGUGGACUGCGAAUGACUGCAGGGCAUCCUCCUCAUUCAUCUCCUCUAACGGCUACUAAGCCUUGCAUCUUCUUGCACCUUUUACCCUCUUUUCAUCCCUAGUCUGGGAACAGGCAAUUCCGCGUUCCAGAACAGGCCAUUGGCCACUAUAUACACGAGGUUCUGUAGGAUUGUGUCUGUGUCUAUAUGUUUUCUUCUGUUUUAUUUUCUGUCACACAUCGGCGUCAUGGGCGUGUUAGGGUUGCAUGUAUGCAUGGUGAUAUUUUCUUUGACCUUAGACGCGGUCGAUACAGGUCCCGGGUGCAUGGGACUACACUUACUGGGAAUCAUUGAGCAUGCCGAUGGCCAAACAGCACUACCGGAUCAUUUUGUAAAGGGGGGACAUCAUUCAUAUUGGUUGGAUAGUUCAUAUGGUAAUGUCAUGAAACCACCGUCAAUGUUCAAGAAUGGCAAUCCGAAGAGUAAAUGAACGUGAACCGAAAAACAAUCCUACGUCGUUGUAACAGAGUAGCUGCUGAGCACUGACAGGCUAGGGGGUUACUCUCCUGAGUAGACAGAUUCCAGCAUUACAUAGUCA